CUCCAAUUUUCCAUGAAGCUGCUGCUGCUGCUGCUGCUGGCGUCUUCUUCAUCGUUAUAAUUAUAAUAAUACCGGUUAUUCAUUUAUAAUUUAUAGCAAGAAAAUAAAAGAAAAGUGAAAAGGAAAAUCAAAGAUGGGUCAAGCUCAAAGCGAGGUGGCACCAAGCGAUACAGCAGAUCAAAUGGAACCCCAUUUUUCUUCAUCUCCUUCGAUGGAAUCUCUUCUUGCUGAAGCUGUAGCAUAUGGAAAUGAUGAGAAUGAGUCUCUUGAAGCUAAGGCUCAGAAAGCAUUAGAAUGCCCAUGUAUAGCUGAUCUACGCAACGGCCCGUGUGGAGUUCAGUUUUCAGAAUCAUUCUUGUGUUUUCUCAAAAGUACUUCAGAGGAAAAGGGCUCGGAUUGUGUGCAUCCAUUUGUGGCUUUGCAGAAUUGCAUCAAAGCAAAGCCCAACGCUUUUUCUAAGGACAUUUUAGAAGAAGCUGAAGAGAAGAAAGAGGAGGAGCCAGCACAGGAAUACAAAAUUAUUCCUCCCAUAUGGUCUAGAGAAUCUCAGAGUCCCAAGUCCAAGCUUUAGGAGACUGAAAAUUCACUUUUUCCGAGUCCCGAGUUCUUACUCGCAGGAGUUACUAUUUUAUCUUUUAAAAAAAUCGAUCACUGAAAUUCCAUUUUUGAUGACUAUGAAUGUACUUAUGGAACCAUACAUUGUUGGCUGCUCAUCAUGAAAUCCAUCGAUGCUCAACCUCACACGACACGAGCAAGCUGAUCUUACUGUUCCUUGAAUGAAUGCCUUAAUUGUCAUGU